AUGGCGUCACCUUCACAGCAGUUGCCGCCAGGUUGGGCUGCAGAAUGGGACGCAAACAACCAGCGGUACCUCUUCAUCGAAACCGCUACCGGACGUUCGCAAUGGGAAGUGCCUGUCGCAGGAGUUGCAGGGCCGGACGGUCCUAUAGACUCACCAUCCGCAUCUCCUCCCCCGACGAACCCACAACAUCACGCGAAGCGCCGUCAAUACGCUGCUGGCCAGACGCAAGCUUACUAUGGAAGUGCUGAUGGUUUGGGUCCCACGGCAUACGGGACUGCGCCCCAACAGCCGCAGCAACCAACGCAAUUGUUCACCCCAGGGCUCGCGGUGGAGAACCAGUUCCAGCAACAGCAGCAGAUGCAGAUGCAGGGCGCGCAGGCCUCGUACUUCUCUGGGGCGCAAGCCGAACCAGAGUACAUCAAUGCGCCCGGGUUCGGCCAGCCACAGGCGCCGGUGGGCGCGCUGGCGGACCAGUUCGGGCAGAUGAACAUGGGGCAGAAAUCGCUGCGGUUGUAUACGACAAACCUGUUGACGGCACCACCGGACCCACGAGAGCUGCAGCGGUCACCGCCGGACAUCUGCUUGCCACCGAACGCGUGCAUCUCGCCGUCGCCGUACGCGAACGCACCCGCGUCGUACCAACGGUCCACGUUGAAUGCGAUCCCGGUGUCGAGCUCGCUGCUGAACAAGUCGAAAAUUCCGCUCGCGCUCAUCAUCACGCCCUAUCGGUCGCUCAAGGAGGGAGACGACCCGGUACCGGUCGUGUCGGACACAGUUAUAGCGCGUUGCAGACGAUGCAGGACGUACAUCAAUCCGUACGUGCAGUUCAUUGACGGAGGUAACCGCUGGCGAUGCUGUAUGUGCAACAUGUCGAAUGAAGUUCCACAGUUGUUCGACUGGGAUCAAGUCCGGAAUCAACCUGGAGAUAGGUGGGCGCGUGCAGAGCUGAACCAUGCAGUCGUCGAAUUCGUCGCGCCUACAGAAUACAUGGUUCGACCCCCCCAACCGGCGGUGUACGUGUUUUUGAUUGACGUCAGUCAUGCUGCUGUUCAAUCUGGCAUGGUGGCUACUGCGACACGCACUAUACUUGAGAACCUUGACCGCAUUCCGAACGAGGAUAACAGGACCAAGGUCGCGAUUGUCGCCUUUGAUGUUUCGCUGUACUUCUUCUCAUUGCCAGCUGGUUCGAGCGAGUCAUCCAUGCUCGUCGUCUCCGACAUUGAAGACGUUUUCUUACCGAAGCCAACCGAUCUUCUCAUCAACCUCACAGAUUCUCGCCUAGCUCUUGAGGCGCUCCUCGGCAGGCUCAGUGAUAUGUUCCAAGACAACCACACCAUUGGAAGUGCAUUGGGCCCUGCGCUGCAGGCUGGUUUCAAGUUGAUGGCUCCUAUUGGUGGCAAGAUCAUGGUCCUCACGUCCAGUCUGCCCACCCUGGGCGCUGGCGCCCUGAAGAACAGGGAAGACCCGAAGAUCCUUGGCACUAGCAAGGAGUCGGGGCUUCUACAAGCCGCAUCACCCUUCUACAAAACGUUUGCCAUUGAGUGCUCGAGGGCCCAAGUGUCCGUCGAUAUGUUCCUUUUUAGCGCCGCGUACCAGGAUGUUGCAACCCUCGCUUGCCUGCCUCAUUACACCUCUGGUCAGACCUACUUCUAUCCUGCGUUUAACGCCUCCCGCCCCGAAGAUGCUGUUAAGUUCGCGCACGAGUUUGGAGAGGUCUUGGCUAUGCCGAUCAUGCUGGAGGCUGUCAUGCGUGUUCGUGCAUCAAAAAACCUGCGUAUGUCGUCGUUCCACGGCAACUUCUUUGUUCGCUCUACGGACCUACUCGCCAUGCCUGCCGUUCCUCAGGACCAGUCGUAUGCUAUCGAGGUGCAGAUCGAGGACACCAUAACUGCACCCUUCGUCGUGUUCCAGACGGCCGUAUUGCACACGACAUGCUACGGCGAGCGCCGCAUACGUGUCAUCACGCUCGGGCUGCCCACUACGAACAACCUCUCUGAUGUCUUCGCUUCCGCAGAUCAAGUCGCACUUGCGACCCUGCUCGCGAACAAGGCGGUCGAGCGCUCCCUCACACACAAGCUCGAGGACGCUCGCGAUGCGCUCAUGGCGAAGAUGGUUGACAUCCUCACCGCAUUCAAGGCAAACAUGACCGCUGGCGGUGCAGGCGUUAGUGCGCAGUUGGCAAUCUCGGAGAACCUGAAGAUGCUACCUGUCCUUGUCCUUGGUCUACUGAAAAACGUUGGGAUUCGGCAAAGCGCCCAGAUUCCUCCGGAUUUGAGGGCGUAUGCCCAGGCGCUCCUGACGACGAUGCCCUCGCAGCUCCUCGUACCUUACCUCUAUCCCAUAUUCUACUCGCUACACAACAUGCCUCCUGAGUGCGGAACUGUUGGAGAGGAGGGUGUUAUCAUGCCCCCACCUCUUCCUCCAACGUCAGAAAGGCUUGAGAGACAUGGACUAUUCCUUAUCGAGGACGGCCAGACGAUCUUCCUGUGGGUUGGGCGGGAUGCCGUUCCUCAACUGAUCAUGGAUGUCUUUAACCUACCGAACUACGAGGUAUUACGAGGUGGGAAGAUGACAUUGCCGCUCCUCGACAACCCCUUCUCGCAGCGUGUGAACGCUGUCAUUCAAAAGACGCGUGAGAUGCGACGUGGGCCAUAUUACCCACACUUGUACAUCGUCAAGGAGGACGGCGAGCCCCCGCUGCGGUUGUGGGCUCUCAGCUGUCUCAUCCAGGACCGUGCAGAUGUCUUGCCCAGCUAUCAGCAAUUCAUAUCUCAGCUGCGGGACAAAGCGAAUGGGAGUUACUGA